AAGUUUAACAAUUCUGAGAUUUAUACUUAGUGUCUGUUUAUCUUCAAAAAUCCUAUAAAUAGUUUAUUUACUGUUUGUCUUAUAUUGUUCAACGCACCAGUUCUGCACCUGUGUCUAUAACAGUUUCUUUAUUUGUGAAUUAUAACCCCAUACUGCACAUUUCUUUCUUUUUAUUCCACUCACUGUACCCCUUUGUUUUUAUUUUGUCAACCGGCUUCAAGAGGGGGAAUCAACGCAGAAGAAGAACCCCGCCUUACUCCGCCCAAGAUUUGUGAGAAUCUGCUCCUCCUAGUAUAGUCCGUGACAAAUUGGCGCCCAACGUGGGGCUAUCUUUACUGAAGACUUCAAGAUGCAUCAAGCAAUUUUGAUUCUAAUGGAGUUAGGCCCCUGUCCUCUGGUUUAUUUUGUAAAAAUGUGCAGUGAUGGUUUUGUUUGUUUGUUUUUGUGUGUGGGUAAUGUUUUUGUGUAUUGUUUUCAUUUUUUUUGGUGUUUGUGAAUGUGUGAUCAUCAUGUGUGUGCAGCAUCUUUGGCCUGAGGCAAGGCGUUUUAGUGAAUUUUCAUCGAUAGUGUUAGUGUUUUGAUUUGUGACUUUAAAUUAUCAUCUUUGAUAAUUGCCUUUUGUUGAACUUUUAGUUCACUUUAAUUGAUUUCUGAACUUUGAAGGCUUUGCCUUUAUUUACUGUGGUAGUGAAGAGUUAGUGAAAUUAUAGUAGAAAUUUCAAGUUUAGUGCUUCGAUACUUAGAAGAUGAAUGACCAACAGUUUUUGGAAGGGCAACAACCUGCGUACAUGGAUCACUCCGCCCUUGAAAUAGACGAACUCGACCACGAGCUGACUAUCCGGGGAGUGCCUCUUGAAGGCGCUACAACCCGGGCAGCGAAGAUCACCUUGUUGGAUGAGCAUUCUCCUGAAGGCGCCGAGCCUGACGCUAUUGCAGAACUUGACGUCCUCGCUGAACUGGCAGUGUUGAGGGUGAAGGUCGCUGAACUCCGCGCUCUCGUUAAGGAAGCCCAAACCAGGACCAGGACGAAGCGAGCCUGCACUCUGUAUGUGCAUGUUGUGGAAAGGAUCCGCAGGUUGAUGUUCAAGAAUGCCGUCUAUUUUGAACAGUUCCAAGAAUUAGCGAAGAAAAUCAACCUCUCACAAUGUGUACUUGCUGAAGACAACCCUGAUCUUAUCUUUCCCAAAGUCUAUGACCCUGAUGAAGACACUUCGGAAGAAGAAAAGGAGUUAGCUGAACGUCAGCGCGAAGCUGAGAAAGCUGAAAAGCAGAAGGCUCGAGAAGCGCGAAGGAAAGCAUGGGAAGAACAUGAAUCGUCCAAAGUGAAGAGUGACUCUGAAUCCGGUGAUCACACUGAAGCCAGUGUUGUUUCGAAGAGUGACAGCAAGAGGACCCAGAAAAGUACAAAGGAGAAGGAAUCUCAUAAGCAGUCUGAAAAGAAGAAUAAUAGAGAUGAGAAGAAAAUUAAAGAAGAAUACAAGAAAAGCAAGGAAGAUGAAAGAAAAUCAAGAACAGAAGACUCAGAUAGAAGAACAGAAAAGAAGAAGAAAAGGAAGAGCCGCGAAACUUACAGAGAGCAGAAACACUACAAAUCUGACACUUCUUCUGAUUCUUCGUCUUCUAGCUCCUCUUCCUCUUCAGAAGGUCUGCGAGUUAAGAAGAAAAAGAGUCACUCUCGAAGGAGAAGAAAUCCGGUAACUUCUUGGAACUUCAAGUAUGGUGGUGCGCGUUCGCAGGACUUGCAUGGUUUUCUUGAAGACAUUGAGGAAGCCAUGGAUGCCAAUGACGUCUCUGAAGAUGAGUUACUGCGUGGAGUUGGUGCCUUACUCGAAGAAGACGCCAAGGUUUGGCAUCGGCAAAAGAGAAGCAAGAUUGGUAGCUGGGAUGUCUUCAAGACUCAGAUUCGCAAUGCUUUCACUCCUGAUGACAACGAUGAAGAAUUGUUGGAAAAGAUUUCUGGUCUUCGCCAACGAAGUGAAGAGACGUUUGCUGUUUUUGAGGCUAGGUGCGCCGAAAUGUUUCAACGUUUGAAUCGCCCUCUUUCUGAAGCAGAGAAGUUGCGGAAAAUCUACAAAGGCCUUCAUCUCUACUACAAAUCUAGAAUCAAGUCUAGAGAUAUUGACUCUCUCCGGACCCUCCGCCGAGAAUGCAGAGACUUGGAAGCAGAUAAGGGACAGAUCAUGAAACAGGAGAAAGAAGAGAAGAAAAAGGAAAAGAAGAAAGAUGAAAAGGAAGAUCGGCGAGACAGCAGAAGGCAUCCUAGAGUUUCAGGAAUUGCACAGAUUGACUCUGAAGAAGAUAAUGGUGAAGGUGCGCCUGCAGUGAGUGCCAUCCGAGUACCAGGUAGCAACGCUAUUGUGUGCUGGAUGUGUAGAGAAACUGGUCACUACGCCAUUUCUUGUCCCAACCGUAGGUUUUGUGUGGUCUGCGGUGCUCCCAACACUUCUGCAAAUGACUGUGAGCGAUGCAAAGCAGCUGAAUUAGCUCGCUUGUGGAAGAAGCACCCUUCACCGGAAAACAGAAGUGGAGGCUCAGCUCCGGCGGUGGUGAUGUCUCCAUUUUCAGUUCCGCCUCCCCCAAUACCACACGCUGCUCAGAGGACCAACAACAAGCCUCAGGGCAAAGGAAAAUAA